CAACAAGCUGGGAAUGUCACUUCCUUCAUUUCUGCUCACAGAUUGACUGGAUCGGAUCACUCAAGGCCUAAUCAUGAGCAGGAACUACUUGUCCAGAAAUGAUGAGCUCCGCAGGGGAGACUAUCUGAUGUCCAACAACAGGGAGUGGAAGGCUAUCUUCCAGGAUGAUGGUAACUUUGUCGUCUAUGGCUGGAAGUCUGUGUGGGCUACAGGCACUAACGGAUCAGACGUUUUCCGUCUGUGCAUGCAGGCUGACAACAACCUGGUCAUGUACAACAAGGAUGGCAGCGCCAAGUGGUCCACAGGCACCUACAUGAGUGACGUCAACAUGUGCCGUCUUCAACUGACCGAUGAUGGCAAACUGGUGGUGACCAGGGAAGCUGAACAAAUUUGGAGCUCCUAAGGCAAUUCCGGAGAUCCAUGAUUGAAUGCUUCGAAAGUGAAAGACAUCUUUGGAUGUCUGAGUAAUUUACAGUAAACAUGCCUGCUACAGUCUGUAAUCUGUAAUUAAAUAAAAGCACAUUUUCACAAGGUAUAAAUGUGUUUACUUGUC